AUGGGUUCCAAGAGGCGAAGAGCUACCUCUCCUUCCAGCAGCGUCAGCGGAGGAGACUUUGAUGACAGCCACCACUCCACGAAUGUACCAGGCCCAAGCAGAAAGAGGAGGAGACUUUCCAAUCUCCCAACUGUAGAUCCUAUUGCUGUAUGCCAUGAACUUUACAACACCAUCAGAGAUUACAAAGAUGAACAGGGCAGGCUCCUUUGUGAGCUUUUCAUUAGGGCACCGAAGAGAAGAAAUCAGCCAGAUUAUUAUGAAGUGGUUUCUCAGCCAAUUGAUUUAAUGAAAAUCCAGCAAAAGCUGAAGAUGGAGGAAUAUGAUGAUGUGAAUGUACUGACUGCUGAUUUUCAGCUUCUCUUCAACAACGCAAAGGCUUACUAUAAGCCUGACUCUCCUGAAUAUAAAGCUGCCUGCAAAUUAUGGGAGUUGUAUUUGCGCACAAAAAAUGAAUUUGUUCAAAAAGGUGAUGCUGAGGAGGAAGAUGAAGAUGAGGAAGGACAUGACAAUCAAGGCACAAAUUCUGAAUUAUCAUCUCCAGGUUACCUGAAAGAAAUUCUUGAACAGCUUCUUGAAGCUGUAGUUGUUGCCACAAACCCGUCAGGACGUCUCAUAAGUGAACUGUUUCAGAAACUUCCUUCGAAAGUGCAAUAUCCAGAUUAUUAUGCAAUAAUAAAGGAGCCCAUAGAUCUUAAAACUAUUGCCCAAAGGAUACAGAAUGGAACAUACAAAAGCAUUCAUGCAAUGGCCAAGGAUAUAGAUCUUCUGGCAAAAAAUGCCAAAACAUACAAUGAGCCUGGAUCACAAGUGUUCAAGGAUGCAAAUGCGAUUAAAAAAAUAUUUAAUAUGAAAAAGGCUGAAAUUGAACACAGUGAGUUGGCCAAGUCAAGUCUCCGAAUCAGUAACAAAAGAUCAGCCCAAGGGGAUCGUUUAUCAGCAAUAACCAUGGCAUUGCAAUAUGGAUCAGAAAGUGAUGAGGAUGCAGCUUUGGCUGCUGCUGCUCGUUAUGAAGAGGGAGAAUCUGAAGCUGAGAGCAUUACCUCAUUCAUAGACACGUCUAAUCCUCUUUAUCAGCUUUAUGACACAGUUAGAAGUUGCCGAAAUAAUCAGGGCCAGCUCAUAUCUGAACCCUUUUUCCACCUGCCCUCCAAGAAAAAGUAUCCUGAUUAUUAUCAGCAAAUUAAAGCACCUAUUUCAUUGCAGCAGAUCAGAACCAAACUGAAGAACCAUGAGUAUGAAACGUUAGAUCAGUUGGAGGCUGAUCUGAACUUGAUGUUUGAAAAUGCCAAGCGCUACAACGUUCCAAAUUCUGCCAUCUAUAAGAGAGUACUGAAAAUGCAGCAGGUUAUGCAGGCAAAGAAAAAGGAGCUUGCUAGGAGAGAUGACAUUGAGGAUGGGGACAGUAUGAUUUCUUCUGCUACAUCUGAUACUGGAAGCUCAAAAAGGAAAAGUAAAAAGAACAUACGAAAGCAAAGAAUGAAGAUCUUGUACAAUGCGGUGCUGGAAGCUCGAGAACCGGGCACAGGCAGACGGCUUUGUGAUCUGUUUAUGGUUAAGCCAUCCAAAAAGGACUAUCCAGACUACUAUAAAAUUAUCUUGGAGCCAAUGGACCUGAAAAUGAUAGAACAUAACAUCCGCAAUGAUAAGUACGCAGGGGAGGAAGGCAUGAUUGAAGACAUGAAGCUCAUGUUCCGAAAUGCAAGGCACUAUAAUGAGGAAGGGUCCCAGGUAUACAAUGAUGCCCAUAUGCUGGAAAAGAUCCUUAAAGAAAAAAGGAAAGAACUGGGACCCCUAGCUGAAGAUGAUGAUGUUGCAUCCCCUAAACUAAAGCUAAGUAGAAAAAGUGGCAUUUCUCCUAAAAAAUCAAAGUACAUGACUCCAAUGCAACAGAAGCUGAACGAGGUGUAUGAAGCAGUGAAGAAUUACACGGAUAAGCGAGGCAGGCGCCUGAGCGCCAUCUUCCUGAGGCUGCCGUCUCGCUCCGAGCUUCCUGACUACUAUGUGACCAUUAAAAAGCCCGUUGACAUGGAAAAGAUCAGAAGUCAUAUGAUGGCAAAUAAAUACCAGGAUAUUGAUUCCAUGGUAGAGGAUUUUGUAAUGAUGUUCAAUAAUGCUUGUACAUAUAACGAGCCAGAAUCUUUAAUUUAUAAAGAUGCUCUGGUCCUGCAUAAAGUUUUGCUUGAAACUCGGAGAGAAAUAGAAGGAGAUGAGGAUUCUCAUGUGCCCAAUGUCACUUUGCUAAUUCAGGAACUUAUCCAUAACCUUUUUGUAUCUGUUAUGAGUCACCAGGAUGAUGAGGGCAGAUGUUACAGUGACUCUUUAGCAGAGAUUCCUGCUAUUGAUCCCAGCUUCCCAAAUAAACCUCCUCUGACUUUUGAUAUUAUCCGAAAAAAUGUUGAAAAUAAUCGCUAUAGAAGACUGGACUUGUUCCAGGAGAAUAUGUUUGAGGUGCUGGAGAGGGCAAGGAGAAUGAACAGGACUGAUUCAGAGAUUUACGAGGAUGCAGUGGAACUUCAGCAGUUCUUUAUUAAAAUUCGAGAUGAACUUUGUAAGAACGGAGAGAUUCUUCUGUCACCUGCUCUCAGCUAUACCACCAAGCAUCUUCACAAUGAUGUAGAAAAGGAAAAGAAGGAAAAGCUGCCCAAAGAAAUAGAAGAGGAUAAGCUCAAAAGAGAGGAGGAGAAGAGAGAAGCUGAAAAGAGUGAAGAUUCAUCUGGAUCAUCUGGGCUGUCAAGCUUGCAUCGGACCUACAGCCAGGAUUGCAGCUUCAAGAACAGCAUGUACCAUGUAGGAGAUUAUGUGUAUGUGGAGCCUGCUGAAGCCAACUUGCAACCUCACAUAGUCUGUAUUGAGAGGCUGUGGGAAGAUUCAGCUGGAGAGAAAUGGCUCUAUGGCUGUUGGUUUUAUCGACCAAAUGAAACAUUUCAUCUUGCAACACGAAAAUUCUUGGAGAAAGAAGUUUUUAAAAGUGACUAUUACAAUAAAGUUCCUGUUAACAAAAUUUUAGGCAAAUGUGUGGUCAUGUUUGUCAAGGAAUAUUUUAAAUUGUGUCCUGAAAACUUCAGAGAUGAGGAUGUCUAUGUCUGCGAGUCACGUUACUCUGCAAAGACAAAAUCUUUUAAAAAGAUUAAACUGUGGACUAUGCCUGUAAGCUCUGUAAGGUUUGUCCCACGAGAUGUGCCUCUGCCUGUGGUCCGUGUUGCUUCUGUGUUUGCUAAUACAGACAAAGUAGAUGAGGAGAAACACACUGAAACACUGGAGGACAGUAAGGUGGGAGAAAGUAUCCUUCAUCUUGAAAAGGACAAAGAAGAUGUCCCAGUAGAAAUGUCCAAUGGAGAACCUGGUUGCCAUUACUUUGAGCAGCUCUGCUACAAUGAUAUGUGGCUUAAGGUUGGGGACUGUGUCUUCAUAAAAUCACAUGGGUUAGUGCGACCUCGAGUGGGAAGAAUUGAAAAGAUGUGGGUGCGAGAUGGAGCUGCGUAUUUCUUUGGGCCAAUCUUUAUACAUCCUGAAGAAACUGAACAUGAACCAACUAAAAUGUUCUACAAGAAGGAAGUGUUUCUAAGUAACUUAGAGGAGACCUGUCCUAUGACAUGCAUUUUGGGAAAGUGUGCUGUUCUGUCCUUCAAAGACUUCCUCUCCUGCAGACCAACAGAAAUCUCUGAAAAUGAUGUUUUCCUUUGCGAGAGCCGCUACAAUGAAAGCGACAAACAAAUGAAGAAGUUUAAAGGGCUGAAGAGGUUUUCACUCUCCGCAAAAGUUGUAGAUGAUGAGAUAUACUAUUUUAGAAAACCCAUAGUUCCUCAGAAGGAACCAUCUCCACUACUGGAAAAGAAGAUUCAGCAGCUAGAAGCAAAAUUUGCUGAGUUGGAAGGAGGUGAUGAGGACAUGGAAGAGAUGGGAGAAGAGGAAGGUGAUAUGACUGAAACACCUUCUAUGCCUCAGCUUCAGACCCCAUUAGCCAGUGAAUUGGAUAUAAUGCCUUAUACUCCACCACAGUCCACUCCCAAGUCUGUUAAGGGCAGCACCAAGAAGGAGGGAUCAAAAAGGAAGAUCAACAUGAGUGGGUACAUCUUAUUUAGCAGUGAGAUGAGAGCUGUGAUUAAAGCUCAGCACCCAGACUACUCCUUUGGAGAGCUCAGCAGGCUUGUAGGAACUGAAUGGAGAAACUUGGAAGCAACAAAGAAAGCUGAAUAUGAAGGCAUGAUAAGUGGCUAUCCACCGGUGCUGCCACCUUUGCAGGGCCCAGUUGAUGGCAUUGUUAGCAUGGGCAGCAUGCAGCCACUUCACCCAGGGGUGCCCCCACCCCACCAACUUCCGCCAGGUAUGCCAGGCAUCCCAGGCAUCCCACCACCCGGUGUUAUAGGCCAAAAUGUGUCCCCCAUGGUAGGCACUCCAGCACCCGGAGCAAGUCCUUUUGGACAGCAGAUCGGAAUCCUCGGCCCGCCAGGACAGCAGGCGCCCCCUCCCUACCCUGGCCAGAGCCCAGCAAGCCAGCCAGUUAUGCAGCAGCCCACAACUCCCAUGUUUGUCUCCCCUCCACCAAAGACACAGAGGCUUCUUCAUUCUGAAGCCUACCUGAAAUAUAUCGAGGGCCUUAGUGCUGAAUCAAAUAGCAUUAGCAAGUGGGACCAGACCCUUGCAGCACGAAGGCGAGAUGUCCACCUGUCGAAAGAGCAGGAGAGUAGACUCCCCUCCCACUGGCUGAAGAGCAAAGGGGCUCACACCACCAUGGCUGACGCCCUGUGGCGGCUACGAGACCUGAUGCUGCGAGACACCCUCAACAUCCGCCAGGCCUACAACAUUGAGAAUGUUUAGUCACAUCAUUGCUUCUCUCCUCUGAUUCUGGCAGAACAGGAGUUUUGUGGAACAAUAGCUGUUUUAGUUACUGGGUGGGGAGAGAUAACCAAUAAUAAUUUGUAUUGCAUUUUACUGUACAUUGCAAGACCAUUUUUAUAUAAGGACACUUUUAAUAAGCAUAUUUCACUUUUUUGUUAUAUUAAGUUGACUUUAUCAAAUACACGGAUUUUUUGCAUAUGUUUCCUUUGUUUGAAAGGCAAUUUCAUAAUGGGUUAAGUGUAGUCGAGGAUUCAUCUUUCUUAUACUUUAUUGCUGAGAAUCUGAUGCCAUUGUUUUUAUAUAAA